CAAGAAGUUGAAAGUUUUGAGGCGUGUUAAAGCAGACAGUUGACUUCUUGGAUAACUUAAACGGACUGUGAGAUAAUGGCUGACGAUUUUGGAAAAUGGAGUGAGACAAUGAAUGCUGAUGAGGGAACUCAGGACAUUUGUGACCACGUGAAGAGCCAAGUGGUAAAAAAAACAGGCCAAGACUUUGCACAAUACAAAUCAGUGCAAUACAGGCAACUUCUGGGUAUCGUUGGAGCGAGCCACUAUCUCAUCAAGGUUCAUGUUGGAGAUGUGAACUACAUUCAUCUGUAUGUCAUUAGAAUAGUGUAUCCCAACGCAACUCCAACGCUGGAAGGUGUCCAGCAGAACAAAACCAAAGACGACCCCCUGGAACCUUUUACAAACUGAUCCUAAAACCUGUUUCAGCAGUGAAAUACUUACAGGCUGCUGUCUAAUAUUAAAAAUGCUCUGUUUCUGUAUUAUGAGAUGAUUUGACUUUGAAUGUAUUAACAUACAGAGAUAAAGACAUUUGUUGUCUGGAAGCAGCAAAUUGACUUCCUAAAGACAUAAUAAAGAUGAGAUCAUUACAAAUCAA